UGAAGAUGACUCUUACGUGGGUACCCUCAAUGAAGGUAGGAAGCACGGUCAAAUAAUUUUGUGAUUAAUAAAUAAGGACUUCUGCUUUGAAUGGUUGGAUUUGAAAUGUUGGCAGGACAAGCCGGGUGGAAGUGUGGAGAUGGUCAGUGGGAGUCGAGUGUGGAGGGGAAGUAGUCUGGGGGUAAUCCGAACAUUUGGUGAGAGGGAAUGCCUUGGGAUGAGCCCAGGGGAGCGGGUCUCGGAAACCCUUUUUAUGAAAAUGGCGCCGAACGCUAAGAAGGAAGGCCCUGCCCCUCCCGAAGCCGAAGCCAAAACAAAGGUUUUGAAGGCAAAGAAAGCAGUGUUGAAAGGCGUCCACAGCCACACACACACACAAAAAGAUCCGCACGUCACCCACCUUUCCACGGCCAAAGACACUAAGGCUCCGGAGGCAGCCUAAAUACCCUCGGAGGAGCGCACCCAGGAGAAACAAGCUUGACCACUACGCCAUCAUCAAAUUCCCCCUGACGACCGAGUCAGCCAUGAAGCAGACAGAAGACAACAAGACACUGGUGUUCAUCGUGGAUGUCAAGGCCAACAAGCACCAGGUCAAACAGGCUGUGAAGAAGCUCUAUGACACUGAUGUGGCCACGGCCAACAAGCACCAGAUCCAGCAGGCUGUGAAGAAGCCCUAUGACAUUGACGUGGCCAAGGGCAGCACCCUCAUCAGGCCUGAUGGCGGGAAGAAGGCAUAUGUUCGACUGGCUCCUGACGACGAUGCUUUGGAUGUUGCCAACAAAAUUGGAAUCAUCUAAACUGAGGCCAGCUGCCUGAUUCUAAAUAUAAAAAUUUUACACUGUAAAAAAAAA